AUGAGCUGGCACUGGGAAUGGCUGCUGUCCGUGGCAAUUCUUGUUGAGCUGAUGGGGGCCGAGGGGUCGCAGUUCAAAGCUGCCCGGCUUCAUCGCUGGUCUACAGCCAGCCUGGGUUACCUGAAAUCCAGCCUCUGCCAGCGGGUGUCCUUUCUGUCUGACUCCGAGUGCAAGCGACUGGCAGAGAUCCCGCAGACAGCUGUUGCGGUUUAUGCAGCAGAGCCUCGGGCUGGGGAGAAGCUGCUGACCAUCCUGCCAGACUCUGGUCUCAGUUUGGGAUCCCCACAUGACGCCGUCAUUACCCUCGACCCAAGUCCGGAGCUUAGCUUUGGCCACCCAGUUACUGUCUUCUACGUUGACUUCAAUGUGAAUGAGCGGAGAUGUGGGAUUCGGGAGGGACUGUACUUAGAAUUAAAGGUCAGAGGAAACAAAUCUAAACACCACAGAAGGAAAGGAGGAUUAGGAGAACUGGAUGAGAGACUGCGAUUGUAUCCGGUUGUGGAACUGAAGCUGUUCAGCAAUUUGAGACAGACUGACAGACAUUAUGGGGUGAUGGUGAUGUUGAGGGGUUGUACAAGUCAUUCCUAUCGUAGAGGAAUCGGAUGUGUGUACACAGCACGAUAUCCAAUCCCAACAGUUUCCCAAUGGGUGCGUUCAGAACAGAAGGGUUUUGCUGCCUGCCCUCAGCCUCUCAGCAUCAGCAGCCCCAACCCUGCCGUCGCCAACUGUGAGUUAAAUAAAAACACACGCCGCUGUCAUCGACAACAACUCUCUUCACAGAAAUCCUGCCGAAUGUACCAGACCUGUGACCAUGGGGUGCUGCUCUCUGGAGGCUGGAAGGAGCAGCUUACAUAUCAGAGACACGUCCACAAUGUGUUACACUUCUAUCGAAUGUUGAGGAGGAAUGGCUUCCGGGUGGAGAACAUCAAAACCUUCUUCGCAGGAGAUGGGCAGAUCCCGGUGGACGAGGAGACUGAGGACAUCUAUCCAGCCACAGAGAAGGUGAUGAUCCGUAGCCACAUCUCCUAUAUUUGCCGUGCUGUCAACUGUGCUGAUUCUCUGGUCCUGUAUCUCAACAGCCCCACACGGAAUGAUGGGACUAUGUUACUCUGGGACGUCAAUAAGAAUGGCAUUGCUGACCAGAAGGAGAAAUAUACUGUGGGAGAGUUGCUGAUGGAUCUGGAAGGGUGCAAUGCACACAGGGUGUUAAUAUUUGUCGAUCAAAGUUACCCUGGAACACUGGCAAAGAAACUGCUUUCUUCCAAAAAGCAUCCAAAUGUUAUUCUGAUCAGCAAUAGCAGGGGGUCAGAGUUCACCUGGGCCUCCUGCUUCACUGAAUUUUGGGGAGAACUUCAUCCCAAUCAAUGUCUCAUUGAUUACCUCUUCAAGAAUGUUGCAUGGGCUGCCCCUUCGACUCUUGGGGUAAUUGAAUCUACGCCAGGGCUCCUGAACAGCACGAUCUAUGGAGGACCUUGCUAUGACAACCCACCUCUGACUCCAGAAGAGGUUAGGCGGGAGUACAUGGGCUGUCAAAAUCUCCCGACGGCAGUGUGGUACCAGACAAUCCAGCGCAAGGAUCUCCUGAACUAACUGCUCCAGCUCACUUCAACAUGGACUGUUCUCUUCAAGGAAAUGGAAACUCAUCAGAGCACAGACUUAAACACUAUUAUCUACCCAUAUGAGAUUUUAAUGCCAUCUUUUCUUUAACUAUUUGCGCUGACAGGUAACUGUUCUGAAAGAUCAGAUUUACUUUCAAUGGAUUGACCAGCAAUUAGGUC